AUGACUCACCAGCUAUCUGCUGGAAGGACCUUCAUAGGAGGAAGGGGAUUCAGUUCAGCAUCGGCUGUGUGUGGACUAGGUGGGCACAGAACUUAUGUCGCCUCUGUACGCCAUCCAGUUGGGAACAGAUAUGGGGUCCAUGGCUUUAGCAGCCAAAGUCUUUCUAAUAUGGGUGGAAGCAGAAGAAUUUCCUAUGGCAACUAUGGUGGUUAUGGUGCUGGACGUUUCGGUGGCUUUGGCUGUGGUCAUGCAGGUUAUGGUGGCCUUGGGUUUGGUGGCAGGGGGGGUCAUUAUGGCCCUAGAAUCUUUGACUCUGUUGGAAGUUGUGGGCCUUUGAGAGGAUAUUUGAACAGAGGUGAUGGCAUCCACGGUGUUCAGAUCAAUGAGAAGCUCCUGGAGCCUCUUCAUGUGGGAGUUGACCCACAGGAACACCAAGUACGGAAUCAUGAGAGGGAAGAGAUGAAGAACCUCAACAACCAGUUUGCUUGCUUCAUCGAUAAGGUCCGAUACUUAGAGCAGCAGAACAAGGUGCUCGAAACAAAGUGGAACCUCUUGCAAGAAUGUGCCCCCCCAGCAAGGAGAAAUCUCGAACCACUUUAUGAGAAUUUCAUUGGCAACAUGAAAAGACAGCUAGAAUAUUUAUUAGAUGACAGAGAACACCUAGCAAGUAAAGAAGCUGCCAUCCAACACCUGGUGGAGGAACUCAAAUGCAAGUAUGAAGAGGAAUUCAGACGUCGUACAGAAGCAGAGAAUGAAUUUGUGCUGCUCAAGAAGGAUGUAGACAGCAUUGCAAUGAGCAAGACAGAACUGGAGGGGAAAGUGGAUUUGCUCCAACGGGAACUGGAAUUCCGCAGAUGUGUCUAUAUGGAGGAAUUAGCACAGCUAGACAGUGGCCAUGUCGGUGACACUAACAUUCUUUUGAAAAUGGACAACAGCCGAGACCUUGAUAUUGACUGCAUUAUCAAAAAUGUUGAAGCUUGGUAUCAGAGUGUUGCCCAGAGAAGCAAAGAAGAAGCAAAUGCUUUGUAUGAAAACAGGUUCCAAGAGCUUCAGGAACAAAGAGGGAAAUACUCGGACCAUCUGAAGAUCAACCAGCGCGAGAUUGCAGAUCUAACCCGGUUGGUCCAUAAAUUGCAGUGUGAGCAUGACAAUAUUAAGAAGCAGGUGGAUUCUUUGCAAACAGCCAUUUGUGAUGUUGAGCAGAAUGGAGAUUGUGCUCUUAAAGAUGCCCGGAAUAAGCAUAUUGAUCUGCAGACAGGCUUACAGAAGGCCAAGGAUGACCUAGCUGGCUUGCUGAAGGAUUACCAUGAGCUUCUGAACACCAAGCUAGCUCUGGAUAUUGAGAUUGCUACUUAUAGGACACUGCUGGAAGGAGAGGAGAGCAGGAUAUGCACAGGAAAUCUUGUCACUAUAGAUUUGGUCAAGCCGCCCUUUAUUGAGAACACAGCUUCAUACAGAUAUGGUCCAGUAGGCAGAGGCUACAGUGGAGGAUAUGGUGCAGGUCAUGGAAGACGCAGCGAAAGCUCCAGCUCCAGAAGUGUUGGACAGCCCUCACGGACUGUAGAUAGUAACGCUACUACAGGACAUGCCUCUGCAGAUGCAGAUUUUUUCUCAGGAACGGGAUGCAAUUCCAGGAAUGUAUCCCAUUCUGUUGGUAAACCAAGUAUUCCUGUAGGUAUUGACAGCUCCUCAACGGGAGGCCGUUUCAGCCCUCUGUGA